CGGCCCAAAUGCCCCUCUUCAUCCGUCGAAUUGCAACGUCGCUUAGAGAGUACAGACCCUUUCUGUCAUCUCCAAUCCACAGCAAGGGACAUUUGGCAUCUCAAACUUUUUUUAAACCCAGAGUACGCCGUCUGUCAUAUCGUCAACCAUAUUACAAACAUAUCAGCGAUUCAAAGAUGGCACCGCAACUUGAGCCGUUUUUCAAACAGGUCGACGACCUCUCCGGCUCUUUCAUUGACAGGCUACGAAAGGCUGUUGCUAUUCCUUCGAUAUCUGCGCAGGAUGAGAACAGAAAAGAUGUAUUCAGGAUGGCGCAGUUUCUUGCCUCCGAACUUGAAGCUCUGGGUGCCGAGGUAGAGCAACGACCUCUAGGCAAACAGCCCGGAAAGGAGCAUCUUGACCUACCUCCUGUCGUAAUUGCCCGGUAUGGUAAUGACAAGAACAAGCGGACCAUUCUAGUUUAUGGUCACUAUGACGUGCAGCCCGCCUUGAAAGAAGAUGGUUGGGCGACAGAACCCUUCGAAUUGACUGUUGAUGAUCAGGGAAGGAUGUUUGGACGUGGAAGCACUGACGACAAAGGUCCUGUCCUGGGCUGGCUGAACGUGAUCGAAGCUCACAAGAAGGCGGGUGUGGACUUUCCCGUCAAUCUCCUUUGCUGCUUCGAAGGCAUGGAGGAAUACGGCUCGGAAGGCUUGGAGGAGUUCAUCCAAGCUGAAAGCAAGAAGUUUUUUAAAGAUGCGGACGCCGUUUGCAUCUCGGACAACUAUUGGCUUGGUACCGAAAAGCCCUGUCUGACUUACGGUCUUCGCGGCUGUAACUAUUACUCCGUCAGUGUCUCCGGCCCUGCCCAGGAUUUGCACAGCGGGGUGUUUGGAGGUUCUGCCCAUGAGCCGAUGACUGACUUGGUUAAUGUUCUCUCCAAACUUGUUGAUCCUCAGGGAAAUAUCUUGAUCCCUGGCAUUAUGGAUCUCGUGGAGCCUUUGUCGGAAGAUGAGAAAUCCCUGUACCCCAAUAUUAGCUACACUAUGGACAACCUUCAUGAGUCUUUGGGCAGCGAGACGGGCAUUCAUUCUACCAAGGAAAGAACUCUCAUGGCUCGAUGGAGAUAUCCCUCUUUGUCUAUCCAUGGUAUUGAGGGUGCUUAUUCCGCUCCUGGAGCCAAGACCGUGAUUCCAGCCAAGGUGAUCGGCAAGUUCUCUAUUAGAACAGUGCCAAAUAUGGAAAGCGAGGAUGUGAACAAACUUGUGUUUGAUCAUAUCAAGUCAGAAUUUGCCAAGUUGAACAGCAAGAACAAGCUAGAUGUUUGGCUCCAGCAUGACGGAAAAUGGUGGGUGGCCAGUCCGAAGCACUGGAACUUCACUGCUGCAAGCAAGGCUGUUAAACAGGUCUUUGGUGUUGAGCCCGACAUGACUCGUGAAGGCGGCAGUAUCCCCGUUACUUUGAACUUCGAGCAAGCCACUGGAAAGAAUGUGUUGCUUCUGCCAAUGGGCAGCUCCACUGAUGCUGCUCAUUCUGUGAAUGAGAAGCUUGACAAACGGAACUACAUUGAAGGAACCAAGUUACUAGGGGCUUAUCUGCACUACGUUGCGGAGGAACCCAUGAACCAUUAGAGGCUUGCGCUACCUUAUUAUUGGCAUCCUCAGUUUCAACGAUAAUCUGAUUGCUUCGCUCUGGUGGAAUUCUCGCAUCACCCAACACAGGGGCAGGCAUAUGUUUCUCCUUUCAUUUGUCCCCCUUUCCAUAAAGAGAAUGGCGCAGUACAUACUGAUUUAAGCUCUGAUCCCUAUCUAAUCGUUCAACUCCCUCGCCAUAAUCCACCUAGCCAUUGUCCACAAGUCAUUCUAGCGUAAGCCUAUGGAUCGAACGGAACGUUGUUGAACAGGCGGUACCUCCUUAUGCGAGCGACACAGCUAAUGAGCCAGCGGUAUUAUGAAC